AUGAUGCGCAUCCCGACAUCAGCCGCCCUGCGCGCCUCCGUCGCCCGGGCUGGUCGCCAGGCCACCACCUCUUCCGCUAUGGUCACCCGCGCUGCCGCCUCUACCCACGCCAUCUCUAACCCUACCUUGGCCAACAUCGAGAAGAGGUGGGAGGGCAUGCCUCUGCAGGAGCAGGCCGAGCUGUGGAUGGCUCUGCGCGACCGCAUGAAGGAGAACUGGGCCGACCUGACUCUCCAGGAGAAGAAGGCUGCUUACUGGAUUGCCUUCGGCCCUCACGGCCCCCGUGCCCAGCCUCCUGCCGACGAGAACAAGAAGGUUCUAUUCUACGUCUUCGCCGGCCUCGGUGCAUCCCUGACCAUCUUCGCUACCAUGCGCAUGUUCGCCAAGCCCCCACCACACACCAUGACGCGCGAGUGGCAGGAGGCUGCCAACGACUACCUCAAGGAGCAAAAAUCCGAUCCCUUCACCGGCGUCUCCUCACCCGAGUACAAGGGACAGGGUCAGGUCCAGUCCCCACCCGCGAAGGCUUAA